AUGGAUGUCCAAAGCCUAUUCGACGUCAAGGGCAAAGUGGUGCUGGUCACCGGCGGCGCCAAAGGUAUUGGCCGCAUGAUCUCCGAAGGCUACGUCACCAACGGCGCAACCGUAUACAUCUCGUCCCGGGACGCCAAGGCGUGCGACCAAGCCGUUCAGGAGCUCAAUGCGCUCGGCAAGGGCAAAGCGCACGCUAUCCCGGCGGACUUCUACAAGGAGGAGGAUAUCAGGAAGCUUGCGGAGGAGCUGGGGAGGAGGGAGAGCAAACUCCACGUCCUCGUCAAUAACUCCGGCUCAAACUGGGGCGCGCCAUAUGACGAGUACCCGUCUGCGGCGUGGACGAGGGUCCUCACGUUAAACCUCCACCGUGUAUUUGACCUUACGAAGCUCGUUACGCCUCUGCUAGAGAAGGCCGCGGCGCCCAAUGACCCUGCUCGAAUCAUCAAUAUUGGAAGUGUUGAUGGGUUGCGAGUUCCUGCGUUGGAGACUUUCGCGUACAGCGCUAGCAAGGCGGGCUUGCAUCAUAUGAGCCGGGUGCUUGCGAAUCAUUUGGGGAAGAGGAAUAUCACGUAUGUGGAUGAACCCGCUACCGGGUUGCUCGCCGCUCUUGAGGUGAUAAUGAUGCUGAUACUGACCGCUUCUAGAUCGAAUACUCUCGCCUGCGGCCCAUUCCAGAGUAAGAUGAUGGCAGCGACAUUGAAGAGCUUCCAGAACGAGAUCGAGGCUGGCAUUCCGCUAGGACGUAUUGGAACGCCGGAGGAUGUCGCGGGUGCUUGUCUGUUUUUGAGUAGUCGGGCUGGAGCGUACAUCAAUGGGUCGACUAUCACGGUGGAUGGGGGAAGUGUUGUGGCUGCCAAGCUGUAA